AUGCAGCACCCGCUGGAGCUGGGGGCCGCGCACUACUUGCCGGCCGAAGCCUUCCCCGACCACCGCUCGCAUCGUUACCGGAGCUUCAUGAUCGAGGAGAUCCUCACUGACCCCCCGGAUGCCAAGGGGGCCGCGCCGGCCGGGGAGCUGCUCAAGUUCGGGGUGCAGGCUCUGCUCUCCGCCCGACCCUACCACAACCACCUCGCGGUGCUGAAGGCGGAGCCGGCCGCCGUGUUUAAGUUCCCGCUGGCUCCCUUGGGCUGCUCGGGGCUGGGCUCAGCGCUGCUGGCCGCCGGUUCUGGGCUGCAGGGCGGUUCUGCCUCGCCCCAUCUCCCGCUGGAGCUGCAUCUCCGCGGCAAGCUGGAGCCGGGGCCCCCGGAGUCCGGCGGCAAGGCCAAGAAGGGACGCCGGAGCCGCACCGUCUUCACCGAGCUGCAGCUCAUGGGGCUGGAGAAACGCUUCGAGAAGCAAAAGUACCUCUCCACGCCCGACAGAAUAGACCUGGCCGAAUCGCUGGGACUCAGCCAGCUCCAGGUGAAAACCUGGUACCAGAACAGGCGCAUGAAGUGGAAGAAAAUAGUGUUGCAGGGGGGCGGCCUGGAGUCCCCCACCAAGCCCAAGGGUCGGCCCAAGAAGAACUCCAUCCCUAGCAGCGAGCAGCUCUCGGAGCAGGAGCGAGCCCGGGACGCCGAGAAGCCGCCCGAGAGCCUGGGCUCGCCGUCCGAGGUCAGCCAGGAGGAGUGA